CGGCCACCGGAAAUCGGAAGCGGAAGCUCGACCCUGGUUGCGAUGGCGACGGCUUCGGAGUUGCCGGACUGGCUACUUGUGGACAUCCUGUCCUUCGUACCUCUCCGUGACCGACUCCGGAGCUCCAGGGUAUGUAAGCGCUGGCGGAGGCUGAUUCUGGACAAGACCCUCUGGAGACGCUUGGAUCUGAGUCCUUACAGGGUCGGGCCCAAGGUGCUGUGGCACCUGCUGCGACAGUACUUGGGCUCGGGGCUGAGGACACUCAAGGUACGAGGCCGUCUGCUCUCCGGGCCCCGGGCCCCGCUGCUGUCCCCAGCCCUGCUGCAGGAGCUGGGGAAGCGCUGCCCGAACGUGGCCUGCCUCAGCCUCCUAGAAGAGGACCUCCGCAAAAUCCCCUUCUCCUGCCUGCCACGUUCUCUUCGGUGCCUGGAGCUGAAGUCGUGUGAGCUCCCCCAGGCCUGGUUUCCCCCGGGGAAUGGCCCCUCGAGUCUGCCCCACCUCGAGCAUCUGGUGCUGGAUCGGAUCCCGGCCUUCUCAGACCUGCAGCUACGGGCCCUGCCUCGGCAGGAGGCGCUGUGCUCCCUGGUGCUCAGAGUCACCUACAGGGUGACCCCCCAGGGCCUUCGGGACGCCCUGCCUGGACUCAGUAACCUCCGGCGGCUCGAGCUGUGUGGAUGCUCUGUGCCUGCCGACGGGGCCCUGCAGGCCAUAGGAGGCUUCCUGCCCAGGCUUCGGGAGCUCAGGGUGACUGUGGCUGGGCUCACAGCCAGGGGCCUGGCCAGCCUGAUGGAGAUGCAGGCCCUAGAGAUCCUGGGCCUCCUGGGACCACCCCCUAGCCCUGAUAGGCUUCCAGCCAAGGAUAUCCUCACUUUCUGCCUCUUGUUACCUAACCUCAGAGUCCUCAGCCUUCAGGGCAUGGGACUGGGGUCAGCAGAUGAGGCUAUUCUUAGGGAGGGGCUGGCCCACUGUAUGAUCACUGUUGGGGAGCUCCCCUUAGAAGGCUGGGGACUGGGAGGCCUAAGUUGACAGCCUCUCACACCUUCAGACCAGAAGAAUUCAGGGUCCAUCCAAACACUUGAGGUAGUGGAGUCAGGGCACUCUACUGCUAUGUGACUUUCGGCAAUCUGUUUUACCCUUAAUGCACCAAAGUUUCUUAACCUGCAAGAUAACAGGGUUGGGGUUAAAAAUUACUUAAAUCCCUCCUAGCUCUGAAUCCUAUCUUCUUAAACAGAACUCUGAGUUCCAGGAUCUUCAAACAUUUAUAAUAUGGAGUUCAGAAAGGGCCAAAGCUUGGGACGCUCCUCAGUAUCUCCCUCCUAUCUUUCUGUUCUACUUCCACUGCCAUCCUUUCUCCCAAAGAUGCACCCUCAUCCCGUGGGAUAGAGAGCAUUUAUGGUCAGGGUUGCCCAAGAAUGAGUUUGAUAGGGCAUGUUUAGAACAUUUCGACCUCUCUGAAUUUUUUUAUAAUGGCACUCAAGAUUGCUAAGUAAGGGUGAAAUGAGGGUGCAAUAGUAGAGCUAGCAUUUAGGAUCUUCUCCGGCUUCCUGGCUAGGGUUGAUUGUUACUUUUGUUCUUCUUGGCCAUCCUAUUCUCAUUUCUUGGUUUGGCCUUGAGCAAAGCAGCCCAGCCACAAACCUGGCCAGAAGGUACUAGUACUGUUCUUUCUCAUCCUCCUCGUCCUAGGACCUGGGGGAGGAGACAUGCCUCAGCUAUGCGCUUCACCUCCCAUUCCCCAGCCACUUGAAUUGGAAAACAGUGCCUUGGAAACUCUCUGCCCUGGAGCCUAAAAUAAGUGUGUGUGGGGAGCAAGCGCAUGCACACACACACACAUCCCUCCCUUCCUGUGGACAUCUUUCUGGAUUGGCUCAUCCAUACUCUUGCAGCUCUAAGGAAACCUACUUCAUCUGAAACCAUAAAAUCAUCCCUGCUGUAGUUUUUAGCAGCGUCCACCUACUCUAUGCCCCCAUUCACCACCUCUAACUUUCCACAACAAAGUGCCCUUCUGUAUUAGAAUGUCACUUCUUGCAGACUGGGGCAGUCUGAUUUCAUAUCCCCAGUGCUUAGCAGUGAUACUGUAACAAAGGCUUUUGAACAUAAUCAUUCCUUCAAAAAAGACUGGAUCUUUGGCCUAGCUCUUCAUACAAAAAUGCCUCAUGCCUCCAAUUCCUGCAUUAUUCACUAACGGGGUUUUGUUUGUUUGACCUCGGACUGGUAUCUUGGUAUCCUGAGCCUUUUUUGCGGGGAGGGGGAGGCGCAGGGCAGGCUAGACCUGCUGGUUUGGAGCCAGAGUAUUUUCCUGAGCCACUUGAGUUAGGCCAGAAUCUCUGAAAGAGUUCCUCAAUCUAUCCACCAGUAAUCAUUUAUUAAAAGCCUAUGUGCUGCUGGCACUAGGGAUAGAAGAAAUUAAUGGGACUGAUUUAAAGCCAAAAGUGAGACCCUGCUCUUAAAGAGCUUACACCCUGUAUAAAAAUACACCACACAUACAAGUAAAUUAAAUCAUUGUCAUCAGAACUGAAAGAGAUCCUAAAAUUACCUAAAGUAGAUGAGGUAUUCAGUCAGGAAACUGACUUUCUAGGCUUACUGACUUAUGGAGGAAGGGGCAGGACAGGGAAGAACAGGAGAUUGUAAAACCCAUUUCCAGUGAUUUAAUCACAUUGAUGUGCAGAGUAAAAGGGUGUCAGAAAAGUCUAAUGUGAUUGUAUAGGGAACUCCUCAGUUGAGGCUAAAGAAUGCCAUCAAAGGAUGGAGGUCAGAACACCUGGCAGAAGAUAAAGAUGGAGUAACUUAUUCCUCCCUAGGGGACCCCACCCCCCACCCCAGGGCCUGAAGGUGAUAGGGCCACUGGUGGACACCAAUGGACGUUAGGAGAGAAGCAAUGAGCUGAAAAUCAGAUCUCUACAGCCCUUUCUGUGUUUCUGUCUACCUGAAAGACAAGUAGGAAAUGAGACUGGGAGAAAUAGGAAUUUGAGCAGUUUGACCUAAGUUUGGGUAGGGACAUAAGAUUGGUUAGGCUCUUAGGAUGGAAAGUGAGGAGUUGUAAGGUUUGAGUGGCAAUCACGGACUUAGUCUGUUUUGCUUUGAAGACAGGAAUUAUCAUGAGCUCAGACAUGCAAGAGUCCUAGAAAAUCAUCCCCACCCCCCCAAAAAAAGUGGAGAGGAUGGGGGGAAAUUGUUGCACUUGAUAUGACUGCUCGGCUUUCUCUGCUUCUGCUCCAAGGCUUGGCUGUUUAAGUUAACCUUAAAAAAAAUCUUCUAAAUUAGGAUUUUGGUCUGUUUCAGAGAGCAGGAAACUAUUCGAGCCAGAAGGCAAAACAGGAUUUGCCCAGGGUCACAGUAUUGCAAGACUUUAGUGGCCUAGACCACAUACUGUGGCCAAAUUGUGGAGGGAGCAGAGGGGAAAUUUGCCUUUAUCUCUGCUAAGACCACAUUUGUCUUAAGACCCUCAAAAACCAUAUUCUGACAUCAACAAGCUGGGGGUGGGGGCAAGGAUGUAGUUAACUUGGAUUAGUAAAUCAAAAAUCCGUAUUAGACUAUCACAACCAGAAGGGACCCUAGAAUCAUUUCUCAGAGAAUUUAACUUUGUCCAAGGUUACACAUUAAGUUAAUAGAAGAGUUGGGGUUUAGUCAGGUCUCUCACAUCCUAGCCUAUUUCUCUUCUGUAUCAUGCUGCCUCUGACUCCCUUCAGUGACCUGACAGGUUUGCUGUCCUAAGGAUUUUCCUGAACCAUCCAAAACCAGCACCAUCUCCAAAGAGCCAAUUCCUUGAGAUCCUCAGUGGGAAGAUGAUCCAAGUGCCAUAUGCCUACUAGGAAAUUUCUUUGUGUAUGCCCUUUUUCAGAAUUGUGAAUAAAAAACGUUAGAAUUUUAUGACAA